CCGCCAGUGGCAAACAGGUUAGCAAUUCUAGUCGGAAACUUCAAUCAGAACGUUGUAGCUUUUGGUCAGGAUUUCUUUCAUAUCAUUUUUUAAUACCAACUGACCUGAAGAACAAAAGCGUUGACGUUCACAUCAAUCGACUGGAUGAUCAGCCAAAGAGAAAAUCUCUCCCAAAUCCCAAAAAGAUCUUAGAUACAUCUCGUCGAGUCAAGACUCUGCGACGGACGGACGCUCGAUCGUUCCUCUUUCUUUCCGGACCAAGGAGGAGAGUUCAAGCAAAAGCAACAUUCAGGCAGAUUGCAUGUUCUCCCCGAAUCCGUCUCGAGUUCACCGGGUCCUGUCAGUUGCCGGUGGAGUUUCCUCUUGAUAACAUUCCUUUCAACUGAUCUAAAGUACAAAACAUUGAGGACUUUCCAAAGCUUUAAUUUACGAUCAAGCCCAAUCUGGAUAGCAACCAUGAAAGAACAAUUUGGCCGACUUCGAACCUGUUGGUGGAUGUUGGGCUCAUUAAUUCAUUUACACUGGAUUGAAGGAAUGGGCGUCAAUUACGUUGGAGUCGAUCCCAGGGAAUACGAGAAGAAGUUCGACGACAUUAUGUACAGCACCAUCAAUAUUGACGAUACGAACUUGAAUGACUUCUACAAGCACUACGUGAACUACUUCUUCGCCCCGGUGCUCCACCACACCCUCGAGAACCCUGACUAUCCGUCCCUUAACUUCCACCUCCAAAGUCGGCCCACCAACCCCGUGGACGAAAAGCAUCCCGACUUGCUCGACAAGAUCAUGGCCAUGCGAGUCAACUUCGACAGUGCUCAGGCCAGAAAUAUCAGCAUUGAUCCGCUGUUCUUGCUUCACGAGAGGGAAGCUCAUCUCCGCAUUGCGAACCCCACGCAACCCAUGGAAGUGAACAAGAAUGUCUUACUUGAAAUGUUAACCAAGGUGUUCAGUUUGCCGCGAAACGAAGAGAGUCACUCGAAUAAUCGACAUGCUGUGGGUAGCUAUCUGUAUGGGAAAUUCGGUCGAAUGGGCCUUUUGACCAAUAUGCAACAAUUUACGGUCACGCGACCCUCCCUGGGCUAUGGGCCUAAUCAAUCUCCCGAAUCGAUGAUAAAGUCCCCUCCCGGAGGCAAUGUGAUUGGAGUUCUGCCAGGAACUUUGUUUGGGACAAGCCAAGACCGACCUUUAAUUGUUGGGGCCCAUUGGGACACAGUGGUGAACACCCCGGGGUUCGACGACAACGGGUCCGGUGUGGCUGUCAUGAUGGAAGUGGCCUCCACUUUAUCCAGGGCCAAAUGCCAUACCAAUAAAUACACGAUCAUUUUCGUUGCUUUCGACUUGGAAGAGUCAGGUUGUUAUGGGAGUCUGGAAUUUAUCCGCAAAUACAUCAUGCCCGAGUUCCUGGAUAAUGGCAUACCUAUCCAAGGAGCAUACAUUCUAGACACCUUACUGAACUUUGACGACGACCCAGACUCUCAAUUGGUGCCCAAAAACUGGAUGAACAUCGUACCAGAAGUUGCCAAGUCCAUAGAGGACAAUGGAAAGAAAGGAGAUUUUGUGGCCGUAAUUUCCCGGAAUAAACCCAAUGAGGUGCGGUUAGCCGAGACCUUCAACUCUUACUUCAAACGCCUUUCACCCGGACAUUACGACUCAAAGCAUUUCAAUCUGAAGCAAAUGCCCACCGAGAAACUGGCCUCUCAUCAGGAUUUCUUUAACCAUACCUUCUUUUGGCGGAGUGACCAUGCCCGAUUUUGGUACUAUGAAGAUGACAGAUCCUUCCGAUCUUUGGGCGGUGUCCUCAUUACUGACACGGCUUUCCAUCGGGGAUACAUGCACAAAUGCUAUCAUCAAGGAUGUGACACGGUCAACAACCCCGAUCUCAAUCCACAGACUAUUCAUUUUGGCGCCAAAAUCACCCAGGCAUUAGCCCUCGCCCUGGCGGAAUUAAGCGGAGGUCUCGACGAGUGCGACCUUUCUCAUCUAAAACUCAACCCGGUGGAUUACGUUCCAAUUUCGAUGAACGAUAUCGUCGACCAUCCUUUGCCCAUGCUCAGUUCAAAACCCACCCCCAGCACCCCAAAAACAACUCGAUUCCCUGAGACCGAAACUACAACCACCACUACCAACACAAGCCCUAUAAUCACGACAAGAACUCUGCCGACCACUCAAACCACCACGAUUAAACCAACCACUUCGACAACCACAAUCCCCAAGUCAACCUUGCCACCCAUAAUCACCGCAAGUAUCGCGUCAACCCCUCAGGCAUCACCUAAUUAUCAACAACAACCACAACAACCACAGCAGGAAACGCCAUCCACGUUCAGGUGGAUUUCACUAAUUCAAUCAAUUUUGGCUUCCAAUCAGCCCAAGCUUCCCAGGACCGCCGAUCUGGAUCCAAUAGACAUUGAACCUAAGGCGUAUCAGCCGAAUUAUGGUAACCAGUACAAUAUUGAUAAACUGACCUUCAAUAUGAAUGCGCCAGCUUACGUCCAUCCGCCCUCCGAGCAACACGAUUUAGUGGAUUACGAUGGGAACGAAGAGCCUUUGGAUCCGGCACCACGUUUAAAAGAGGACGACCGCCCGGGUGACCAAAGGACAUUUCGAAGAAGGAAGAACCGGAAAUCAGCGGCACUCAAGACAUCCCCUAUGUUCAUCAAAUUGGCCAUGUAG